UGGCCAAUUAUUAACAACUAUAUUACAUCUUGGAUAUAUUUGCUACAGUUAAUUAAAGAUAUUAUUGAUCUUUGAAAAGUACUGUUAGGAGCUUGUUGUGUAUUGAAUAUCAAUCUGCACUUUUAUUAAGUAUAGUUUUAUUGGUUAACUUUUGAUAUAGGCGUGCCUUUGUGCGUGUGUUUGUGUGUGUUCGUGUGUGCAUGCGCGUGCGUGUGUGUUUGGGAGCAGCUUAAAUACACGAUCACAAUCGUUCUCUUCCUCUUAUUUUGCUACUUCACUUGGAGAAAUAAGAUAAAAUACAGGCCUAGGAUAUGAAGACUACUUUAGGAUUCUUGUUGAUUUCACUAUGCGUAGUAAUGUUAACUGCUAGUCGUCAAUUAAUAUGUUCACACGAUGAUGACUGCGAGUCUGACCAGUUAUGCCGAAUGAUCCGUGAAUGUGAAAUACCCAAAAAAUGUUUUCCGGCGACAAAUAUUGGAAGUAGGUGUACAAGAAAUUCCGACUGCUGGGAUACAGAUCCAAUGUUUCCAUGUGAUGGUACUCGUUGUCGGUGUCAGGACAGGGUAUGCACAUGUGGAGAGUGUUUCACUGAAGUAGAUCAACGUUGCGAACUAAAUCAAUCACAAGCAGGACGUACAGGAACCUCAUUUCAUACAGGGUAUGAGUUCUCAUUACAAACUGACUAUGGCACCCAAAAUUUGUAUAUUUUGAGUCCGAAUGCAAACGUUAACAUUACCGUUCCGUUUUUAUCGAUACUUGAUGAACCACAUGAGGUUAUAAAUUCAAAAGUUAUCGAAUUUCCCCCCACCCUUCAAGUGCAAUCGGAUGGAGUCCCUUCAAAUAAAACCGUUUUCAUAAAAUCAGAUACUCCAGUAACUGUCUACUGGCUAAAUUAUAAGAACGUUUCUGCGGAUGGGGGACGCGUCUUAUCGGACGAAGAGUUAGGAAAAGAAUACAUAUUACCAAGUGGCCGACCUGGAAACACCAGACCAGACAGAUUUGAGCAGUUUCUUAUAGUAGCCUUACAAGAUGGUACAUCUGUACAAAUUGAAUAUCCUGGCGGUUCUCAAGAAACUAUUUCAUUAGACGCAAUGGAAGCUUUCAGAAAAAAAGGUACCGAAUUUUCAGGCACCAUUGUCACGUCAAACGAACUGAUUGCUGUAAAGUCAGGUCAUGAAUGUUUUGUAGCUGAUGGUGGACGUUGCGACCUUAUGUCAGAACAAAUUCCUCCAGUAUCUUCUCUAGGUUGUAUUCACAUAAUAGGAUACAUGAAGCCGUUCCUAACAUCGUUCGUGAGAAUUACUGUUCCUUUCGACGAAACAGAUGUAACCAUUUAUGAUGAGAAUGGUACCGUGAUUCAGAGCCUUGUAGGAUUGUCCCGUGGUGACACCUUUAUUACAAACUAUUCAAAUGUCGCAUUAUCAGUAAUAUCAACGGAAAGAGUUCUCGUUAUCCAGUAUGGGGAUGAUUAUGAAUUAAAUCCUCCCCGAGAGUCUUCUAUGAUGCAGAUCUUGUCAAUUGACCGCUAUGUUUCGACAUAUGACUUUUACGUCCCGGAAAAUUUCGAGCAGGCCAUAUUAGAGAUAAUUAUUGAAUCCAGUUUAGACCAUACUGGAUUAUUAUUGGAUGGCAUGAUGCUGAUUGUAACAGAAAUCGUCUCGGCAACACUACCUUGUUAUGGAACGUAUGAUAUAAUCUACUCAAACGUUACUGUUGGAAGCCAUACGCUAACCCAUGCAGAUGAUGCCGUUUAUACAGCAUUUGUGUAUGCAAGAAGAAGUGUGAGGGCUGAAUAUGCAAUGGUGCUAUAGAAAUCGAAAUUUGGUAACCGGAUCGGAACUGACCUAUGCGAAAUCCUUUUAGUUAUAUGUAUUAUAGGGCUUAAUGACAGCGGAUGUUUUUUUUAUAUUUGACUUACCAUUGUUACCAUUAUAUAUUGAUCGUAUUUUGAUAAGUGGGUUAAUGUCAUAUCUUGUCUUGUUGUUUGUUUUUUAUUUAUAAUAUUCAUUUCAUCCAUUCUAUCACUCAUAGUAGGCCUACAUGCAUUGUUUGUUCAAUCAUAUUUCAUUCCAGUGGGAACUUUAUAACUCUUAAACGGUUUGUUUACAAAUUUAUUUGGGAUAUUAACACAAUAAAGGAUCAGAAAUAGUA